ACACUCGCCAUCGCCACUGGACAUUGGUGCUCCUCCUCCUAAGGCUAAGACUAAGAGACAACAGCAUAACCAAACCAGCAGCGCCGGCUAUGGAUCACGGCGGGGGAGGGAGGAGCAGCAGCCGCCUCCGGGACCGCCUGGCCCGGAUGUUCCGCCCGGCCUCGCUGCUCCGCUCCACCUGCAACACCACCGCCUCCGCCUGCUCCUCCUCCGCCGCUGUCGCCCCAGCCGGCGCGCCGUCCACCACCCCCAAGGCGCCGCCGCCGGCCUCCGCGUGCUCCUCCAGCCGCGCGCUCCUCGCCGCCGACGCCGCCGUCGCCCGGGACUCCUUCCUCGCCUCGUCCCGCCGCGACGUCCUCGCGCCGGCGCUCGUCGCCCGCACCGAGUCCUUCUCCACCGCCGUCGACCGCCUCAACCGCCGCGCAGGGGCGCCGCUGCUGGAGGCCAACGCCAGCGCCAAGGACAAGAGCCCGCGCGAGUACCGCCUCGGCGGCAAGAAUAAUAACAGCAGCGACAAAAUGAAGACGAAGCUGCUCUCCAACCCCUACGGCUUCAGCACCUCGGACGACGACGCCCACAGCGACGUCUUCAGCAGCGACGCCGAGGACCUCGCCGGCCGCGGCGGGGCCACCGAGAAAUUGACAGGCGAGUCGGCGGAGACAUUCUUCUGCUCCUCGCGGAGCUUCUCCUCCGACUCCUCCGAGUUCUACACCAGCAAGAAGAAGAAGAAGAAGACCAAGCCCCCCGCAGCCGCCUCUUGCAUUACUAGCAAGCCGCCGCCCAAACCCCCGAAGCAGCAGCGGGGCCAGCAGGCCGCCGGCAGGCGCCACCGCCGCGCGGCGAGCGGCGCCUGCGACACGUGCGGCGUCCGGGACGGGUUCCGCCCGGUCGUGUGCGCGGCGGAGGAGCAGGUGCGCAAGGGCUUCGCGGUGGUGAAGCGGUCGCGGGACCCCUACGCCGACUUCCGGUCCUCCAUGGUGGAGAUGAUCGUGGGGCGGCAGCUCUUCGGCGCGCAGGACAUGGAGCGCCUGCUGCGCUCCUACCUCUCCCUCAACGCGCCGCGACACCACCCCGUCAUCCUGCAGGCCUUCUCCGACAUCUGGGUCGUCGUUCACGACGGCUAGCGCCGCCUAGCUAGCUGCCUAACCUGCAGCCUCAUCAUCAUCAAUAAGCCUGCAUGCAUUGUUAAGAAUCUGCUUCUUGAUUAAUCAUAUCAUGCACGUCGAUCGAUCGCGGAUAAAUGUAGACGCUCUAUAUAUCUAUAAUGUGUUGAGUUUGCUGUGUGAUUUGCUACUGUUCGCGUACGUGAUUAAUCUAAGAAUUCUUGAUGCAUUCGGUAUU